AUGGCAUCCCUCAAACGAAUUAUAAUAACCGCCCUCAAAUCGAUCUCGCGCGGCAGGUCCUUCCUACAAGCCUUACUCGCGUUUUGGAUUAGUCCAAAAUCCGACCAAACAAAAGUCAAGCAGACCAAGACAUUUCAACGGACUAGGGAGGAGUUUCUCAAAGAGGCCAAAGAACUCCUUCUUGGACCAAUCGACAACAAUCUGUUCCCGCGAGACGGACAUUCUUGGAUCACACCAAACAACGGCGAUACAAGCGCAAACCUAGACGACCCUCUUCUGUUGCUCUCCAAAAAGCUCAAGGAACAAUUUCGAGAAGGGUUACAGACCAACCCAGCAUGUAUGCUUCCCUCUUACAACCACCAACUACCUGGCGGACACGAGCGUGGCCAGUAUCUGGCGGUUGACGUUGGUGGUUCGACACUCCGCGUUGGUCUGGUGGAUCUGAAGGGCCGAGGAACUGCAGAUGAUGGCGACAGUACCAUUGUUCACAUGGACAACUAUACGAUAGAGAGAAAUGUUCGGCUACUUGCAGGGGCAGAUUUCUUCAAGUGGAUGGCAUGGAAAAUAGAUUCAUUUGUGAAGAAAGCAAUCGACGCCGGGCGCAUUUCAAAAGACGGAUACGAAUCGGGAGUUCCGAUGCCUAUGGGACUAGCGUGGAGCUUUCCUCUAGAGCAAACAUCACCCAACGGAGGAAACAUCUGCCCCAUGGGCAAGAGUUUUCUUGCAUGUGACGGACUGAUCGGACAGGACCUGGGCGCCACAUGUAACAAGAUUCUCCGAGAACUCCAAGUGAACGUCGAGGUAGUCUCCAUCGUCAACGAUUCCAACGCCACCUUGCUUUCAUCAGCAUACUACAACCCAUCGACCCGCUUCGGGCUGAUUCUUGGCACGGGUGUAAACAUCGCCGCCCACCUCCCGGUAAAUCUUAUUGGAAAAUCCAAGUUUGGGGCAAGACCUACCAGUUGGUAUGAGCAAGCGAGCCACGUGAUGGUUAACACAGAGUUGGGCAUGUUCGGCCGUGACAUUUUGCCCCUGACGAGAUGGGAUAAGAUACUCAAAGCCGCUCAUGAGAGACCGGACUUCCAGCCACUUGAGCAUCUAGUCAGUGGGUAUUACCUAGGUGAAGUUUUCCGGAUCGCGCUGGUGGAAGCUAUCAAAACGACGGGUGUGUUGGGAGGAGAAAUACCGCCACUGCUGUUGGAAGCUUACUCGAUGGAUACCGAGACCAUGUCGUUGAUGGUAGAUGGCUUAGAUUCCGGAGGCAAGGCCAACGCAGUCUUUUCACAGCUUUACCGCCUACCAGCGGGUAAUCCUAGCACCGAGGACAUGCGGUUCAUGCAGCAACUAGCGGGUUACAUAGCCCAGCGGUCGGCUUCCAUUGUCGCUGCUUCGUUGUUUGCGCUGUGGGAGCUGAAGAAUGGGGCCGAAAAAAGCUUUCCAAAUGAACUUGAGCCGGAGUCGCCGUUCAGUGAUGAGACCGCAGUAGAGUUGAAGAUAGAGCGGACCGCGGUAGGCUAUACCGGGUCAGUUUUGUCAUACUUUCCUGAAUACAAGGAAACGCUACAGUGGUACUUGGACGCGCUGAUGUUGUCGGCGGGUCAGGAUUCCAACGAGCAGAGGAUAGAGCUGGUUCAGGCGAAGGAGAGUUCAUUGCUUGGGGCGGCAGUGUCGUUGGCGGGGGUGAUGGAGGAGGAGGGGAGGAGGCUGGAUGAGAAGGGGACGGCGUAG